AUGGACCCAACAGACCCAGACCGAGUUCAGCUAGCCGUCCAGAAGCUCGGCACGCGGAUUGGCCAACAUGAGGAGAUGCUCCAGAGUCUCCAUCAGUCGCUUCAUGGCCUCUCCAUUCAAAUGUCGCAGCUGGCGGAGCAACUACUCCCUCGGCCUCCACCACAACAACCAGGAUUCCCCCCCUCUGUGAGUACAGUCCCCUCUUCACCUCCUCCACCACCCGCUACCCUCAAAGAGCCCUAUGUCCCUCCUCCUGAGCCGUAUGCUGGGGAGAUUGGGGGCUGCAGAGGUUUCCUGCUUCGUUGCGCCUUAGUAUUUGACCAACAGCCCAUUAGCUACCCCUCAGAUCGAGCUAAGGUCGCUUACACCAUUAAUCUGUUGAGAGGUAGGGCCGCUAAGUGGGCUACAGCCGUCUGGGAUAGGGACUCACCUCUGUUCACUUCUUACGCCCGCUUUUCCGAAGAGCUCCGGAGAAUAUUUGAUUUUCCUGUCGAGGGCCCCGAGUGUACCAAACGGCUAUUUUCCCUCACCCAGAGCUCUCGGUCAGUGGCGGAGUACUCCAUUGAGUUCCGUACUGUGGCGGCCGAGAGUGGGUGGGGGGACCUCGAGUUAAAGGGGAUAUUCACUCGGGGUCUCUCUGAACAAUUGAAGGACGAGCUAGCGACUCGUGAUGAGCCCUCCUCCCUGGAGGAGCUAAUAGCACUAGCUAUUAGAAUUGAUAAUCGCCUCAGGGAGAGACGGAGGGAGAAGAAAAACCAUUCCUUAGUCCCUAGAAUAGACUCCCCUUCCUCUGUUGCGGUCAGCGGGUCUCCUCUGCAGCCCUCAGUCUUCCCGGAUCCGGCGCCAUCUGCAGGUGAACCCAUGCAGAUCGGCCACACUAAGCUUCACCCGGAUGAACGGAGAAGGAGGGUAGAGAAGAGGCUGUGCAUCUAUUGUGGCCAGGCCGGUCACUUUCUAAUCAACUGCCCAAACAAGUUAAACGGCCAGGCUCAUCCGUGA